AUGCUCCGAUGACGCUAUUUACCUGUUGGUAUAGAAGCUAAUAAGAUGUGAUUUGUAUUUAUCUCUUGUAAACGUUAUAUUUAUCUUUUGUUGUGGAGAGCUGUUGAUUCUAGUUGAGGUUUAUUUUACGAGGACAGACAACACUAGACCUGACCUAGGGCUUAUAGUCAUAAGACCGGAUAAAGUAUAACUUAUAAGCUGUUCUUACUCUCUUAAACAGUUGGUCGUAAGAGUCUAAGACGUGAGGAUUACAUUGUUUAAAAGUUAGUUAUAAAGGAAUACUUGUAUGGAUUGGACAAUAGUUAGAAUUUAUUUAAAGAUCUCCUGGAACCACAUCAGUUUAAUUCCAUUUCAGAUUGUGGUCGCUAACAGAAAGUCCUGACUGUUCACAGCUCAGCAUAGUGGCAACAGCGUUCGUGCGUUCAUCUGGUCACAGAUCGUGAGAUCAGUAAUUGCGCCAUAGACUUUAAAAAGCUAAGUUGCAGACUUUGAAGUGUAACUAACUGUGUUAAAACCUCAAAGCUUAGAUUAAACACCAUUUCUUUGUUGUCAGGAACUUACUUAAGUUAACUGUAUGACAAAUCCCAAAAUGUCCGAUAAUAGUGAUUCUGGAAGCGAGGACAAUUUCUAUAACGGAAAGUCAAAUGGAAAGGACUAUGAUAUUUGUAGAGAUUUUCUGCGCAAUGUCUGUAAACGAGGCAGGCGGUGCAAGUACCGUCAUCCCAGCUCCAACGAAUCGCGGGACUCAUCUGGCCAGAAAAUAGUAUUUUGCCACGAUUACCAGAACACUGGAUGUCAUCGACCAAAUUGUAAAUUCUUACAUUGUACGCGUGAGGAAGAAGAGAGCUAUUACUCCACUAGAGUACUGCCACCUAGAUUACAACAAGCUGUUGCCAUGGGAUACGGAGGUGGCGAGACUACCAAGUUUGAUAUACCCAUCUGUAAAGAUUUCCAAAAAGGACAAUGUGUCCGCGGUCUCAAAUGCAAAUACAGACAUGUCAAGAGUGAAUUUACAACUAACGGAAUAAGCGAACGCGAGAGUCGUUUUGAUGAGCGUUUCGAAGAAGAAAGAUAUGAAGGGUUUGAUCGUUAUGAAUAUCCUGCAGCAAAAAGAAGACGUGUAGACCUUGUUAGUUACCCAGGAUUCGAGGAACGAUAUCGUCCAAUGUCGUAUCAUAUCGUAGAAGAAGAAAAUUUAAUGUUGCGUCGCAAGGUCGAGGAACUAAAGAAAACGAUAGCAGAUUUGACUGCAACCAAUGAAGUGCUUCUAGAACAAAAUGCUCGCUAUCGUGUGUCCAAAGCGAAUGCUGUGCAGACACUGACCAGUGGCGAUCUAACUCAUUCAGUGACACAAACACUCACACCUACAGUAAACCCAGGCGGGCAAGCAACAGCACACUCGAUUGGUCAUUUAAAUCCAACCAUAUCACAGCAAAUUUCCAUGAACAGUGACUUGGCCACUCAGCAUGCUUUGCAAACAGCGCAGCGUAUGGCUUCAGGGGCAGGACUUAACGUUACCCCAACUAUCAAUGCUUCUAUGGUGCCAGUUUCCAUGACACAAACCAUGGUGCCAGUGUCGCUUGGUCAGAGCAAUAUCUCCAUGCAAACCCUCCAUACCGGUUGUACAUUAACACGCAGCAUUCCACAGAGCUUCGCGGCGCAGCAGAGCAAUCCUCUUGUAUCAUAUCCUAUCAUGUCUCACUCAAUGAGAACAGCGGCAGGUGCUCCCAGUAGUCUAGCUCAUUGACCUUUGAUUGUUAGCCUGUAAAUAGUACUAUAUAUAGUUACCAAGUUAUGGACAGACAUAAACAUAUAACUAUGCACCCAACUAUAAACUUGGAUAUUGUUGAAGCAGUUAAUCUACCGAACAUGAGAAAGAUUCAUCUCGUCAUGACAGACAAAUGUAUUUACCAUGUGUACAAAGUUAGUUGAAUUACCACCCACAAAACUUCUUGCCAAGUUGUGGAAUUCUGAUUCUGAAACUCUACAUAAACUCUGUGUGACCAAUAAUUGGUAAAGUUGUAAAAGAAACCGAGAGGAGAGUUAAAUUAACAACGAGAUCACCCACUGAUUUUCCGUUUAGUAGCACAGAGCUGUUACUGAUGAUUUCACAAAGUAUAUGUAUAUUUAUGUAUAUAGAGUGUUGGCAUGUUGUGGAAUUCAGAAAAUCUUGCAGAGUUCUGUGAUAAUAUGGAAUUGGUGAAGUCCAGGAACCAGAAAGAGAAGUUGACAACGGCACAAACCUAUGGUUAUCCUUGAUAGCACAGAAAUCUGUCACUGAGGAACCGAUUCACAAUGCAUACAUAUAUAGUAUGCCUUCUUAUUAUAGCAUGUAGAGAAAUUUAUGAGCAAUAUAUUUUAGAAAAACAAGUUGAUGUUGAAAAAUGAGCAUGAAAACCUUCAUUAAAAAUAAUUCAUUCUUACAGCCAAUUGACAUUAAUUUCUAUACUACCUCAGAGUAAGCAAGAGUCAGUUCUAAAAUUUGAAGUGUCUAUAUAGAGCAUGGUAGUCACCAGGGAUUACAUCUAUACCAGGUUGAUAUCAUCUGUUCAAUCAACAACCAAUUAAAUCACUUUAAAUUGUUUGAUCUGCAAUAAUAUACUAAAUCAGUAGUAGCCGAUCAAAUCACUUAAACUCUCUGCAUUAAUUAUUAAAAUGGUAACCCUGAGGUGCAAAAAAGGUUACGAUACAAUGGAUUUCCAAGAAUGACUGUAAAUACCUUUAUAGAAAAUUUGUGGUGUUGUAUGGUUUAUUGACAAUAUUAGUAAUUACAAAAGAGCAAUAUAUAUAUAUUUAAAAUGUGUUCUUUGAUGCAGAUUUCAAUGUGUUGCUAUCUUUUUACUCAUCAUAUCAGAUUUUUCAAAUGUUUAUGAUGAAUAAUUUGUUAUAAAUGAUUUUACUAAAGUUGGGUUAUUUUGAUCUUUUUCAUCAAGUUUUAAUAAAUUGGAAUUAUUUUUCUCUGUGGAUGAGAAAUGUUAUUGUUCAUGUUACUUUUUUUAAAAUCUUUAUUGUAUAGGGCAAACGAAAAUAGAAACAAAAUUUCUCCCCUCAAAUUGAAUAAUCUUAAUAUUAAGUUCAGUUCAUGAAAUCCAUUGAGAGGCAUGCGAUGUUUGCGUUACAUGAGUUGCAUCUGUCUUCAAGAUGUUAUUACUUAAAAUGUUCCAUUGACAUUGAACAUCGGGAUCUGUGAACAUUUUGAUGUAAAUGGUGUUUAUCUAAACUAUGAAAAUUCACAAAAUCCUUUUCACUCUUAUUUUGAUUAACUGUGCAAGCGUAACAGAGCAAGGUUAUGAUAAUAUAGAUACAAGGUGUGCAGCACACGUGUCAUGUGGGUGUGUAUGUAUAUAUACAUAUAUAUUUACUUGUUAAAUACUAAGUACUAAUUUUAUAUAAUUAUUAAAAUAAAACCCAUAUAAGUCAACAUUCUCCAUUUGAUAACGGAAAUCUCUAUAACACAUUAUGUUACAAAAAAGCCCCCAGAUUUUAGGGUUUUGAUACUCUUUUGAAUUUCAUAUUAUGUGUUGACAAGCAAAUUUGAGUGUACAAAAAAUGGUCUUGGUACAUGUUUUUAAUUCCAAGGAAAGUUAAGUAGUUAAAUGCAAUUUAAAGAAAUCAAUGUACACUGAAGUCUCUUUAAAUUGCUUAAAGUUCAUAGUUAUAUUUCAAAGUUUCAAUUUCAACAACUCUUGUAUAUGGUUCAUAUAGUUAAUUUCAAAGUUUAACCAACUUUUGAACAAAUGUUAUAUCUUUGAAGUUUAUAUUUUUGUAAUUUAACGGAAUUUGCUUUGAUCACUAAUGGUUAUGUAUUACUACUUUUAGUUUAAAAGCAGUCUUAUGGAAAAGAAGAUUUUUUUCCCCAUGUGUUUUGCUUUUCUUAUUAAGUUUUUUUAGAAAGCUUAUUUUUUGUUUGCAUCUUGAUGAAAAAAAUAUGAUAACUUGUAGCAAUACUAUACUUGAAUAAAUGAUUGCUACAAUAA